CGAAAAUUUCUCCACCGCCACGCUAUGAAUGCUGGGAUACGGUGGGCCACGAAGGACCCACUCGAUACGUCCUUCAAAUCCGGGAAACUGAGGACGCACUGGAGUAACCUUCGUCGCCUCGCUGUGAUGUAAUGGGCCCUGGCUGCAGCCCCUGGACUUAGCUGUUAGCAGUUGUUAGCUGCUAGCAGCUGUUAGCCUGUGGAGCUGUCAUCACCGAGCCCGACACUCCGCGGAUAACCCGUCACACCGUGAAGAAGCAUGCUGUCUGCAGUGAGAGCUGCUCGAUGCGCCGUCAGAUACCUCAGGGGUAUCGGUACCUCUGCCAUGGACACAGGAUACCAGCAGGCUAAUGUGGUCGUCCUGCCAAACCAGCUCGCCGACGACUUCCAUGCCUUCUGUCGCAGUAACCCCGCCCCCCUGCCGCUCCUUUAUCGCAGCCAGUCAGGAGAGACUUCCUGUCCGCCUCUGGCUCAGCACGCUGACAUCAGGACGGACAUCUCGCAGUACUGUGUGUAUGAGGAUGGUCGGCUGGUAAAAACCGUCUCCAGCCUGCAGACGUACAGUGACGCACACAGGUCUCCACCCGGGCAGCAGGCGGAGCGUCCCGGGUCGUGGUCAGACAUGGUGUGUUUCUAUCUGGGCUGCAGCUUUGGCUUUGAGGGCCGACUGAAAGAAGCCGGAGUCCCCGUCAGGAACGUGGAGCAGGGCAAGAACGUCAGCAUGUACAGGACUGCAGUUCCCUGUGUUCCUGCAGGAGCGUUCAGCUGCCCUCUGGUGGUCACGAUGCGUCCCGUCCCAGCCGCUCUGUUGGAUGCAGCAGUGAAGGUCACUCAUCUCAACCCACUGGCACAUGGAGCUCCUGUACACGUAGGAGAUCCAGCUCUCCUCGGCAUCCAGGACCUGUCCAGGCCGGAUUAUGGUGAUGCGGUGGAGCUGCAGCCUGGUGAUGUCACAGUCUUUUGGGCGUGUGGCGUGACUGCGAUCGAGGCGAUCCUCAGCAGCAAGCCUCCACUGGCCUUCAGCCACUCGCCCGGCUGCAUGUUCCUCACCGACAUUCCUGACUCACCUACCUCCACCAUAACUCCGCCCACUGAGGCCAAACCCCAUCCUGAGCUGACCCCCCUGUGCUUCCAGGUGUCCCAGAAUCCCUUGCUGUACAGCCUGGUUUCUCAGGGGACGGUGGCGAAGAUCAGACAGCUUGAGGUGAUGAUCGGAGAAGAUCCAGGUGAGCGAGGGAUCAGAGCUUUAUUCGUUCAGGAUGAACUCCUGCGCUCCUGUCUGGCUCUAUCCCAUUCCUCCUCUGUUGCCAUAACAACGGGCUUCCCAACACACUACAUGCACAGCCCUCCCGAUGAAACCGACGGCCCACCAGGAGCAAUUGCCAUGGCAACCAUGCUGCUGUCUCUGGGGAAACAGGUGACCAUGGUGACGGAUCGCCGGGCGCUUGAGAUGAACCGCGCCAUCAUCGAUGAAUCAGUGAGGACAGGAGUCCUGAAGGCUGUUAUCCCAUUGGUCACAUUUGAAGACGGCGGUCCAGAUGCUGCGCGGCACUUCCUGUGUCACCAUGGAGACCCUAACAAGCCCAGAUUCGACCACCUGGUGGCGAUAGAGCGCAGCGGACGCGCCGCAGAUGGGAACUACUACAACAUGAGAGCAGUGAACAUCAAACACCUGGUGGAUCCCGUGGACGACCUGUUCAUCGCUGCCAAGCACAUACCUGGAAUCGGCACCACAGGAAUCGGUGAUGGUGGGAACGAGCUGGGGAUGGGGAAGGUGAAGGAGAAGGUGCAGAGCCUGAUGCCCAAAGGCGGUCUGAUCGCCUGUGAGGUUCCUGCAGACCACGCCGUCACCGCAGGCGUGUCUAACUGGGGAGGCUAUGCUGUGGCCUGCGGGCUCUACCUGCUCCACACCUGCCCGGCACACCUGCGCUACCUGAGGAAGGGGCUGGGACUGGAACCUGUGACCUCCACGGAGCAGCUGCAGGACUGGACCACUAACCUGCCGUCUGUGGAAAAGGAGGAGUCCUUCCUCUCCACUCUGGUCCAGUUUGGGAUCCGAAGUGGGAAAACUGGUCACCUGGCCAUGGAGGUGGAUGGCCUGACCUUUCACCCCACCCACUCUGACAUGAUCACCAGACUGCUGGAAGUGACACGAGGAGGGCGCGGCGCAUUUUAAUCUGAACUCUUUAUUAUUCCCUGAUGUGAUCCCAAUCCUGAUGCAGGGAAACACAGAGGAAGGAGGAGAGGAGUGUGAGGGUGCCUUAGCCGCUGCCUGGUAACCGCUCAGCCUGCCUUUAAAUGCUCACAAAGCAGAGUGACCCCCCCACCCACCCCCCGGUGUCCAGCUCUGCGCUGUAAUGAACCAAUCACAGCUUAAUUCUUCCGUUGGGGUAAAAAUAGUCUGUGAGAUGCAUGGCUGCUUGUACCGUCUGAGCAGAUGUACAGAUCGCAGCACUCAUCAUCGUUGAUGAGGAUGAUGAGGGAACAUGUUUGGGUCGAGGCUGUGAAAGGCUCCGCACCACAAAUCAGUUUGUUCUGGAAGCGCCUCAGGCCAGGUUAACUGUUUGUGCUCCUGCAGAUGGAAGGACGUCCACCUCCAGGUGCAGAGCUGCGGGAAGCAGCUGAAAUGUAUCUCACCUGUCAGUCAAAGAGGCCACGCCCCCAUUAAUGCAAAUUUUAAACCUUAAUAAUGAUAAUAAUAAUAAUUAUGAGUUAAUACGAGUUAAUCUGGUGUUACGAGGGAGAAAAUUAUCUCUAGAGACCAAACAGGCUGCGAGCAGGUUUCAUUUUACCUGGGAGUCUAUGGGACCGACUCACUGCUGCCUCUGCUGGACGCUGGAGGAACUGCAGGGUUAAAUCGUUCUCUCUCUGUUUGUUUAUCAGUAAAUGAGCUGAAGAUGAUUUAUAUGUUUUGUAGAAAUGAGAUGUGAAUAAAAGAAAUCAAUGAUCUGCGUUAAACAGCUUUCUUUUACCUUUUUUGAUUCUUUCUUGGAUGAUUUGCAGGUUGGAGUUUGUCCAAACUUACAGGAGCUCCAUCAGCCUUAAAAACACUGAGUCAGUCUUUUCUGGCUGUUAUUAACAUGCUAAACUGGAAACAGAGCGACGCUGAGACCAUGUUUCUUAUUCUCUGAUACUCGAUGAAGAGAUUUAAUUUUAAUUGAAAGUAAAGCUUUUUUGUUUGAUGUUCUACUUAUCCAACGGAGGGACACGUAUGACGCCCCAGAGAGCAGACAUGCUGACAUCUACAUACCUGCUGUUUGUGAGGGGCAGCCAAUGAGAAGGUUUUCUCAAAGGGGGUGGAGACGGGCGGAACAGCCAGUUGUCUGUGUCAGCGCUGUAAUGAUCCAAACACCAUCACACCUCCAUCCUGCAGCUUCUUUUACUCAGACAUGCCACUAAUUAGACUGAACCGUGCUGCAGGUCCACUCAGGACUAAACGUGACAGAAUAACACAGACCUUUAUAAAACAGUUACUGCCUGUUUACCUCAGUGCACUGUAAGCAAAGCACUAAAUAAAUGUGCAUGAAAACAGUUUAUUCAAAA